AAAUUCCAUCUUUUCUCUUCACCAUUUUUACUUUGUUUGUUUGCGUUUUCCCCUUGUUUCAAUUACUGCAUAUUUAUUCACACCACACCCAUUCAUAACACAUAGAGAGAGAUAUAUAUAGAGAGAGAAGAAGGUAGCUGAGAACUACUACUACUACUACCACCAACAGUACCACAACUACAAACAACUACAAGAGUUGUGGCAAGGGCAGGUACCACGUGCAUCCUUCAUUGAAGAGACCCACCAAGCGUCAACCCAAAUCAAACCUACCCUCUUCCUCUUCCUUCUUCUGCAUCUAACUUAUUUGGUUUCUCUGCAUGCUCACUGAUCACAACCAUCAUUUACAUGCUCAAAACCCCAUCAAUUUUUCACUUAUAAUUCACCUUCUUAGCACCCAACUCUUCUUAAACACCCACCAAUUUGGUCAAAAAAACCAGACAGAGCUACAAAAAUAAAUCUUGCUACAAAGUUUCCAUCCCAAGUACAUAGGAGACACGUAGAAGGAGCUCUGUGAUGGCGACCAUGGGGGGUGGGAAUGGAUAUAUAAAUGGUGUACUCCCCAACAAGCACCUUGCUACAAUAUCUGAAGUAACUGAAUUCUGCAACGCCCUUGGGGGGAACAGGCCAAUUCAUAGCAUAUUGAUUGCAAACAAUGGAAUGGCAGCGGUCAAGUUCAUGCGCAGUGUUAGGAGCUGGGCCUAUGAGGCAUUUGGCACGGAGAAGGCUAUCUUGUUGGUUGCCAUGGCUACACCAGAGGAUAUGAGAAUCAAUGCAGAACAUAUCAGAAUAGCUGAUCAAUUUGUGGAAGUACCUGGUGGGACCAAUAACAAUAACUAUGCCAAUGUGCAGCUUAUUGUCGAGAUGGCUGAGAUAACUCAUGUUGAUGCGGUGUGGCCUGGUUGGGGUCAUGCAUCCGAGAAUCCUGAGCUUCCUGAUGCACUAAAAGAAAAAGGAAUUGUAUUUCUUGGACCUCCUGCUGUAUCUAUGGCAGCAUUGGGAGAUAAAAUUGGUUCGUCUUUGAUAGCUCAAGCAGCUUCUGUGCCAACCCUUCCAUGGAGUGGUUCUCAUGUGAAAAUUCCUCCUGACAGUUCAUUGAUUACUAUUCCUGAUGAAAUUUAUCGGGAAGCGUGUGUUUAUACCACGGAAGAAGCAAUUGCCAGUUGUCAAGUUGUAGGAUACCCUGCAAUGAUCAAAGCAUCUUGGGGUGGUGGUGGUAAAGGAAUAAGAAAGGUUCAUAAUGAUGAUGAGGUAAGGGCAUUGUUCAAGCAAGUUCAAGGUGAAGUUCCAGGGUCACCUAUAUUUAUAAUGAAGGUCGCAUCCCAGAGCCGACAUCUAGAAGUCCAGUUAGUUUGUGACCAGUAUGGAAAUGUUGCAGCUUUACAUAGUCGUGAUUGCAGUGUUCAAAGGAGGCAUCAAAAGAUUAUCGAGGAGGGUCCUAUUACUGUAGCACCUCAGGCAACGGUGAAACAACUAGAGCAGGCAGCUAGAAGAUUGGCUAAAUCUGUAAAUUAUGUUGGGGCAGCUACUGUUGAGUAUCUAUAUAGUAUGGAAACUGGCGAGUACUACUUUUUAGAGUUGAACCCCCGACUACAGGUUGAGCAUCCUGUUACUGAAUGGAUAGCAGAGAUAAAUCUGCCAGCAGCACAAGUUGCCAUUGGGAUGGGAAUCCCUCUCUGGCAAAUUCCUGAGAUAAGGCGUUUCUAUGGGGUGGAACACGGUGGAGGGAAUGAUGCAUGGAGGAAAACAUCAGUUUCAGCUACUCCUUUUGAUUUUGACAAAGCAGAAUCUACUAGGCCAAAAGGUCAUUGUGUGGCUGUUCGAGUCACUAGUGAGGACCCUGAUGAUGGUUUUAAGCCUACUGGUGGGAAAGUGCAGGAGCUCAGCUUUAAAAGUAAGCCAAAUGUGUGGGCAUACUUCUCUGUUAAGUCUGGAGGAGGGAUCCAUGAAUUCUCAGAUUCUCAGUUUGGGCAUGUUUUUGCUUUUGGAGAAUCAAGGGCUUUAGCAAUUGCAAAUAUGGUUUUGGGGCUGAAGGAGAUUCAAAUUCGGGGAGAAAUUCGUACAAAUGUUGAUUACACCAUUGAUCUUCUGAAUGUUGCAGACUACAGAGAUAACAAAAUCCACACAGGAUGGCUGGACAGUAGAAUUGCUAUGCGGGUUAGAGCAGAGAGGCCUCCCUGGUAUCUUUCUGUUGUUGGAGGGGCACUCUAUAAAGCUUCUGCUAGCAGUGCAGCUUUGGUUUCUGACUAUAUUGGCUAUCUUGAAAAGGGGCAAAUCCCUCCCAAGCAUAUAUCUCUUGUCCAUUCUCAAGUGUCUUUGAACAUUGAAGGAAGCAAAUAUACGAUUGACGUGAUGCGAGGAGGACCUGGAAGUUAUAAAUUGAGAUUGAAUGAAUCAGAAAUAGAAGCUGAGAUACAUACUUUACGUGAUGGAGGUUUGCUGAUGCAGUUGGAUGGUAACAGUCAUGUAAUAUACGUAGAGGAAGAAGCAGCUGGAACUCGCCUUCUAAUUGAUGGAAGGACUUGCUUGCUUCAGAAUGAUCAUGAUCCGUCAAAGUUAAUUGCAGAGACACCAUGCAAGCUUCUGAGGUAUUUGGUUGUGGAUGACAGUCAUGUUGAUGCUGACACACCAUAUGCUGAAGUUGAGGUUAUGAAGAUGUGCAUGCCUCUUCUUUCACCUGCUUCUGGGAAAAUUCAUUUCAAAAUGUCUGAAGGUCAAGCAAUGCAGGCUGGUGAACUUAUAGCAAGGCUUGAUCUAGAUGAUCCUUCAGCUGUAAGAAAGGCGGAACCCUUCACUGGGAACUUCCCAGUCUUGGGUUUUCCUACUGCAAUUUCAGGUAAAGUUCAUCAGAAAUGUGCCGCAAGCUUAAAUGCUGCACGGAUGAUUCUUGCUGGCUAUGAGCACAAUAUUGAUGAGGUUGUGCAAAGUUUGCUCAAUUGCCUUGACAGUCCUGAAUUACCUUUCCUUCAAUGGCAAGAGUGCUUCGCAGUUCUGGCAACUCGUCUUCCUAAAGAACUAAAAAAUGAGUUGGAAUCAAAAUAUAAGGAGUUCGAGAGGAUUUCAAGCUCCCAAAUUGUUGAUUUCCCUGCCAAAUUAUUGAAGGGAAUUCUUGAAGCUCACCUUUCCUCCUGUCCCGAAAACGAAAAAGGAGCCCAAGAAAGACUAGUUGAACCUCUGUUGAGUCUUGUGAAGUCUUAUGAGGGUGGAAGAGAGAGUCAUGCCCAUAUAAUUGUUCAAUCCCUUUUUGAAGAGUAUCUUUUUGUUGAAGAACUAUUUAGUGAUAACAUACAGGCUGAUGUAAUUGAACGUCUCCGUCUUCAGUACAAGAAAGAUUUGUUAAAGAUUGUAGAUAUAGUGCUCUCUCACCAGGGUAUCAAGAGUAAAAAUAAGCUCAUACUGCGACUGAUGGAUAAACUGGUUUACCCUAACCCUGCUGCCUAUAGGGAUCAAUUGAUCCGUUUCUCUGCUCUCAACCAUACAAACUAUUCUCAGUUGGCUCUUAAGGCAAGUCAACUGCUGGAACAAACUAAGUUGAGUGAACUACGAUCCAGUAUUGCUAGAAGUCUUUCUGAACUUGAGAUGUUCACUGAGGAUGGUGAAACUAUUGAUACUCCAAGGAGGAAGAGUGCCAUUAAUGACCGAAUGGAGGACCUUGUCAGUGCUCCUUUGGCAGUUGAAGAUGCCCUUGUGGGUUUAUUUGAUCACAGUGAUCACACCCUUCAAAGGAGGGUUGUGGAAACUUAUAUACGAAGGCUCUACCAGCCAUAUCUCGUCAAAGGGAGUGUAAGGAUGCAGUGGCACAGAUCUGGUCUUAUUGCUACAUGGGAGUUCUUUGAAGGGUAUAUUGAACGGAAGAAUGGGGUUGAAGACCAGACGGAUAAAGCACUGGUGGAGGGACAUAGUGAGAAAAAAUGGGGAGUGAUGGUUAUUAUUAAAUCUCUACAGUUUUUGCCUGCAAUUAUCAGUGCUGCAUUAAGGGAAGCAACUGGUAACCUUCCCAAAGAACUUACAAGUGGUUCUGGUGACACCAAUAUCUAUGGUAAUAUGAUGCAUAUUGGAUUAGCGGGCAUCAAUAACCAAAUGAGUUUACUGCAAGACAGUGGUGACGAGGAUCAGGCUCAAGAAAGAAUCAAUAAGUUAGCCAAAAUACUCAAAGAUCAGGAAGUAGGCUCCACAAUACGCGCUGCAGGUGUUGGAGUAAUCAGCUGUAUCAUACAGAGGGAUGAAGGGCGUGCCCCAAUGAGACACUCCUUUCACUGGUCAUCUGAAAAGCUCUACUAUGCUGAGGAACCUCUGUUGCGUCACCUUGAACCUCCCCUAUCCAUUUAUCUUGAAUUGGACAAACUUAAACACUAUGAGAAUAUACGGUACACCCCAUCUCGAGAUCGUCAAUGGCAUCUAUACACGGUUGUAGAUCAGAAGCCACAACCAAUUCAAAGAAUGUUUCUCCGAACACUUCUAAGACAGCCAACCACAAAUGAAGGAUUCUCUUCUUAUCAAAGGCUGAAUGCAGAAACAUCUCGUACCCAAUUAAGUAUGUCCUAUACUUCAAGGAGCAUCUUUAGGUCCUUGAUGACUGCAAUGGAGGAGCUGGAACUUAAUGCACAUAAUGCCGCCAUCAAACCUGAACAUGCUCAUAUGUAUCUCUAUAUCAUACGCGAGCAACACAUAGAAGACCUUGUGCCUUAUCCCAAGAGAAUUAACAUCGAUGCUGGUCGAGAAGAAGCAAUAGUUGAGGCAAUCUUGGAAGAACUGGCUCACGAAAUCCAUUCAUCUGUUGGAGUAAGAAUGCAUAGAUUAGGGGUGGUUGUGUGGGAAGUCAAGCUCUGGAUGGCUGCUUGUGGACAGGCAAAUGGUAAUUGGAGGGUCAUUGUAAACAAUGUGACUGGUCAUACAUGCACUGUACAUAUAUAUAGAGAAGUAGAGGAUGCCACCACUCAUAAAGUGGUAUACAGUUCAAUCAACGUAAAGGGUCCUCUGCAUGGUGUGCCAGUGAAUGAGAACUAUCAAUCUUUGGGAGUUCUUGACCGGAAACGUCUUUCAGCAAGAAAGAAUAGCACCACAUACUGCUACGAUUUUCCCCUGGCAUUUAAAAGAGCCUUGGAGCAUUCAUGGGAAAUCCAACAGCCAGGAAUUGAAAGAGCCAAAGAUCUUCUAAAAGUAACAGAGCUUACGUUUGCUGACAAAGAAGGUAGCUGGGGUACUCCGCUUGUUCCUGUGGAGCGUCCUCCUGGUCUCAAUGAUGUCGGCAUGGUAGCCUGGCUUCUGGAAAUGUGUACCCCUGAAUUCCCAUCUGGAAGGACUAUAUUGGUUGUUUCAAAUGAUGUGACCUUCAAGGCUGGUUCUUUUGGCCCAAAAGAGGAUGCAUUCUUUCGUGCAGUAACUGAUCUUGCAUGCGCAAGAAAACUGCCUUUAAUUUAUUUAGCAGCAAACUCUGGUGCCCGAUUAGGUGUAGCUGAGGAAGUCAAAGCCUGUUUCAGAGUUGGUUGGUCUGAAGAAUCUAAACCUGAGCAAGGUUUUCAGUAUGUAUAUUUAACACCUGAGGAUUAUGCUCAGAUUGGAUCAUCAGUGAUAGCACAUGAAUUAAAGCUUGAGAGUGGAGAAACCAGAUGGGUUAUAGAUACCAUUGUUGGCAAGGAGGAUGGCCUCGGGGUUGAAAACUUGAGUGGAAGCGGGGCCAUUGCUGGUGCCUAUUCUAAGGCAUACAAGGAAACUUUUACAUUGACCUACGUGACUGGUAGGACUGUUGGAAUCGGUGCUUAUCUUGCAAGGCUCGGGAUGAGGUGCAUACAGAGGCUUGAUCAGCCCAUAAUUCUCACUGGUUUCUCAGCAUUAAACAAACUUCUUGGUCGGGAGGUAUACAGCUCUCACAUGCAGCUUGGUGGACCUAAAAUCAUGGCAACUAAUGGAGUUGUUCAUCUUACAGUUUCAGAUGACCUUGAAGGUGUCUCUUCUAUUUUAAAGUGGCUUAGCUACAUUCCUUCCCAUGUAGGUGGUGUGCUUCCCAUUGUAAAGCCCCUUGAUCCUCCAGAGAGACUGGUGGAGUAUUUCCCAGAGAAUUCGUGCGAUCCUCGUGCCGCCAUUUCGGGAACUCUGGAUAGUAACGGAAAGUGGCUGGGAGGCAUUUUUGACAAGGAUAGCUUUGUGGAGACGCUAGAUGGGUGGGCGAGGACGGUUGUUACAGGAAGAGCAAAGCUUGGAGGAAUCCCUGUGGGAAUUGUUGCUGUAGAAACACAGACAGUUAUGCAAAUAAUACCUGCUGAUCCGGGCCAGCUUGAUUCUCAUGAGCGGGUUGUUCCUCAAGCCGGGCAAGUGUGGUUUCCUGAUUCCGCAACUAAGACGGCUCAAGCAAUACUGGAUUUCAACAAAGAAGAGCUCCCGCUUUUCAUUAUGGCAAACUGGAGAGGCUUUUCAGGUGGGCAAAGGGACCUUUUUGAAGGAAUCCUUCAGGCCGGUUCGACUAUUGUGGAGAACCUGAGAACAUACAAGCAGCCAAUCUUCGUAUACAUCCCUAUGAUGGGUGAACUUCGUGGAGGGGCGUGGGUUGUUGUUGACAGUCGAAUCAAUUCAGACCACAUUGAAAUGUAUGCCGAACGAACAGCUAAAGGUAAUGUCCUUGAGCCAGAAGGAAUGAUUGAGAUCAAAUUCAGAACAAGAGAAUUGUUGGAGUGUAUGGGUAGACUUGAUCAACAGUUGAUAACCCUGAAGGCGAAACUUCAGGAAGCCAAGACUAACAGAGACCCUGGUACCAUUGAGUCCCUGCAGCAGCAGAUUAAAUCCCGUGAGAAACAGCUUUUGCCUAUGUAUACCCAGAUAGCUACCAAGUUUGCUGAACUUCAUGAUACUUCCCUGAGAAUGGCUGCAAAGGGUGUAAUCAGAGAAGUUCUGGACUGGGCUAACUCUCGUGCUGUCUUCUACCGGCGACUGCACCGAAGAGUUGGCGAGCAUUCACUGAUCAACAGUGUGAGAGAUGCUGCUGGGGACCAAUUGUCUCACACGUCUGCGAUGAACAUGAUCAAAAGCUGGUAUUUGAGUUCUGAUAUUGCCAAAGGAAGAGAAGAGGCUUGGUUGGAUGAUGAAGCCUUCUUCAGAUGGAAGGCUGAUCCUGCAAAUUAUGAGGAUAAACUGAAGGAAUUGCGCGUCCAGAAACUGUUGCUUCAAUUGACAAAUAUUGGGGACUCAGCUCUAGAUUUGCAAGCUCUACCUCAAGGUCUUGCUGCCCUUUUAAGCAAGUUGGAGGCAUCAAGUCGUGACAAAUUGACUGAUGAACUUCGCAAGGUACUUGGAUAGAAGACACUAAAUGCUCCUGUGGCCAGGCAUUAGCACUUUUGUUUUAUUAUUUGUGUCAUUGAUGUGUGACCAUGAAAAUGUACCCAAUUAUUUGUGCAAUCAUGUGUUGAUUCCCUUGGCUAAGGGCAAAGAAAGCAGCAGCAUUCCUCUAGAAAUGACUCUUUUCUAAGGGAUCAGAGUGUAAAUGCCUUCGUAGGUAUUUUAUUUAUAUAGUUCGAGGAUCACAACCAGCAGCGUUACCACGCUCUGUCUGUUUACUUGCUGGUUGAUUGAUUCCUUUCAUGUAUCUGAAUAAGUAUGUAAUAUUUUGUAACAUUGAUUAUUUAUGCGUAAUAAAAUUUUGGGCAGUUGACAA